UAUCUUUCUGGCCCACGAGGCAAAAACCCUAGGAAGCCGUGGCUCUUCAACACAAAACCCAGACACCACCUCCCGGAGCUUCGGUACGCCGCGACCCUUUCCGACCGUGAGAAUGGCCGCCGCGGAGACCGACACGACCGCCUCCGGCGGGCUCGCGGGAGAGAUGGAGGUCGAGGCGUACCGCCGCCUCUUUCCCCUCGCGUUCCUCGAGCGCCACCUCCGCGAGUCCGUCCGCCCCGACGCCCGCCGCCUCGCCGAGGCCCGCCCCACUACCGUCGCCCUCGGCGCCGUCUCCUCCGCUCAUGGCUCUGCACUCAUCCGCCUCGGAGACACCGCCAUGCUUGCCUCAAUAAAGCUCGAGGUGAUGUCGCCCCCCACGGAAACCCCAGAUGAAGGAUCCGUCGCUGUGGAGUUUCAUAUGCCACCUAUCUGCUCCCCCCUUGUAAGACCAGGAAGACCGGCGGAGAUGGCGCCGGUCCUCUCCAAGGCCCUGGAGGACGUUCUAAUGAGCUCUGGCAUGAUAAAUUUGAAGGAGCUCUGUUUGAUCAGUGGGAAGGCUUCGUGGCUAGCUUACCUGGAUGUCUAUUGUUUGAAUGCUGAUGGAUCUCUAUUCGAUGCUGCAUUGAUUUCAGCGGUGGCUGCAUUUACACACUUGGAAAUUCCUCUAGUAUCUGUUGGUGAUGAUGGCAGAGUAUUUACUGUUGGAGGUAAUGAAGGCAAAACCAAAUAUGAAUUGGUAAACAGAGAAAAGAGGAAACUUACUCUCAAGGACAUUCCAUUUGCCCUUACAUGUGCACUUCACAAGGAUAAUGUUCUAGCGGACCCAACUGCUGAAGAAGAAUCAAUAAUAGAGACCUUUGUGACUGUUGCUCUAGAUUCUUCAGACCGUUUAGUGUCAAUACAAAAACCUGGAGGUGGAGUGACAUCCAUGGCAACUAUUAAGACGUGCAUUACCUUGGCGAAAGAAAGGAGACACAAGUUACAAGAAAUUCUUAUGGACUCUGUUGAAGCAAUGGAAGUCGACCAAACAGGAUAAAUCUGCAAAUAGUUCUAAUUCAGUGGUUGUACUGCCACUAGUAGGGACCUUGGAAUUUUGUUGUUUUUCACUCUGGGUAUUAUGUGUUUAUUAGUUAUAUGAACACAAAAAUGUAACAAUCUGUCUUUUGCCACUAUCUUAGACCAAGAGUCCCCUCUGAAGUAGAUGUUGUGCACCAAGAUAAACACCGGGGUAAUAAGAGGUGUUCCUGUGUUGGGAAACA